AAUUAUGUUGAACUUAACCCUAAAUUUUUUUCUUCUUUAGUUUGAGUCCCUAUAGUUUCCAGUCAUCACCAUCAGCAGUUGAAGUCAUAUAUCACUCAUAUGAUGCAAUUCCUUUGGGGGCACUUCCAUUGUUUGCUAUAUCAUCGCCAGAAUAUCAAGAGCAUGUGUCAUCUGUGAUCAAUUCAGCUAAUGAGGUGUACAAAGAUUUUCUUCAGUCUGAAGAAGGAAUGGGGUUCAGCGGUCAAGUAAUUAUUGUUGCGGACAGUGUAGCCUCCAUGAUGUCAUACGAUGCAUUGUGUCGAAACGCGAAGUAUGACGGACGUUAUGGAAGUGAAACCAGCAUCAACGAUCCAGAAAGUGUACAAAACCUUUCUUCUCGCAACAAUCCUUUGAUAUCUAUUAGUGAUGGUGGUUCUAUAGAUGACAGUCAAGAUGUGCCGCCUGAAUCGAAACCUCGGCAAAAUAGCCAAGCUAGAAUUUAUCGCAAGUCACACUCUCAUCCUCAAGAAUCAGAGCCUCCUCAGUUCGAAAAUGUCCAGUAAAUAUCCACGAUAUUGUUAUUAUUAUAAUUCCUCUUACCAAAUAAAAGCAAAUUUACUAAAA